CAAUAUACCCUAGCAUGUGCUCUAAAUUAUUAUUCCCGAUUCUAAGCGUACAGAUACAAUCAAAAACAAGAAGACAAAGAAAACUACUAACCUACAAAGAAGACAUAGGCAAGAAUAGUAAUUUUGCCGGAUAUGUACAUACAAGAGAAGGCUUCCUUUCCUCACUAUAUUUAAAACCUGCAAAAUCAUUAUCUUCAUAACACAACAAAAUGUUACUAUUCAUCAUUGCAUUAUAUUAGUCAGUUAAUCUGUCUUUCUUGUCCCUAGUUGUCAAUUCAAUACCAUCUCAGUAAAACCCAGACAGUUUAUUCAUCAUCAAGACUGUGAAAAGGGUUUCAAGAUUCAGAUAGUUUCUUCUGUAAUUCUAGAUGAAACCGAAGGGCAUUUUAGGAUAUAUCAGCUUCCAUGAUAAAGAUAACAUUUUAGAAAAGUUAUCGAGUUUCUUUUGCUACAACUAGCUGAGAUAGAACAGUAGCAGAGUACAUACCUCAUCAUGUCAAGCAAAGCCAUCACAAUAUUUCUCUUGCUCCUCAACAUCUCUUUGUUCCCAGCCAUCUCUGCUUUGAACCAAGAAGGCCUCUCUCUACUCUCAUGGCUUUAUAUCUUCAAUUCAUCUUAUUCUGCCACUUUCUUCGCUUCGUGGAAUGCAACCCACCAAAACCCUUGUAAAUGGGACUAUAUCGAAUGUAACAGCAAUGGGUUUGUUUCAGAAGUAACUAUUAGCUCUAUCAAUCUUGGCACAACCUUCCCUAUUCAGUUACUCUCUUUCAACUUCCUUACCACCCUUGUCCUUUCACAUGGAAACCUCACAGGAGCAAUUCCAUCUUCAAUUGGAAACUUGUCAUCGCUGGUCAGCUUGGAUCUCAGUGUCAAUGCUCUAACAGGAAGAAUACCACCAGAAAUCGGAAAAUUAUCCCAACUACAGCUCCUAUCACUGAGUUCUAAUUCCUUACACAAUGGAAUUCCGACUGAAAUCGGUAACUGCUCAAAGCUUCAACAACUUGAACUGUUUGAUAAUCAGCUCUCUGGAAGAAUUCCACUAGAAAUAGGGCAGUUAUGGGCUCUACAAAUCUUUCGAGCUGGGGGAAACCUGGGAAUUCAUGGAGAGAUGCCAAUGCAGAUAUCACAAUGCAAAGAACUAGUUUUUCUUGGUCUUGCAGAUACCGGGAUUUCAGGGAAUAUUCCAUAUAGUAUUGGAGAGUUGAAGAAUCUCAAGACUCUUUCAGUAUACACAGCAAAUCUCACUGGUGAGAUUCCACCUGAAAUUGGUAAUUGCUCGGCCUUGGAAGAUCUGUUUGUGUAUCAGAACCAAAUUUUUGGAGAGAUUCCAAGUGAACUAAGCUUGCUGAAAAAUCUCAAAAGAUUGUUACUUUGGCAAAACAACCUUAGUGGGUGCAUUCCAGGAUCUCUUGGAAAAUGUUCAGGCUUGACGGUCGUUGAUUUCUCAAUAAAUUCUCUAACGGGUGAGAUUCCUCCAUCUCUUGUGAAUUUAAGUGCUUUGGAGGGGCUUCUUUUGUCCGAGAACAACAUUUCUGGAAAAAUUCCACCAUUCUUUCGAAACUUUUCCCGCUUGAAGCAACUUGAAUUGGAUAACAACAGAUUCUCCGGGGAGAUUCCACCCACCAUCGGGGAAUUAAACGAGCUCUCUCUGUUCUUUGCUUGGAAAAAUCAACUUCACGGAAGCAUACCAUCCGAGCUGGCCAACUGCAAGAAGCUUCACGCGAUGGAUCUCUCACACAAUUAUCUUACUGGGUCAGUUCCAAACUCACUUUUCAAUCUCAAGAACUUAACCGAAUUGUUGUUGAUAUCAAAUGAACUCUCUGGAGGAAUUCCAGCAGCUAUUGGCAAUUGCACCAGCUUGACACGUUUAAGGCUGGGUUCAAACGUUUUAGCUGGUCAAAUUCCACCAGAAAUUGGGCUAUUACAAAGUUUGAGUUUUCUAGAGUUGUCACAAAAUCAAUUUACCGGAGAAAUCCCUCCAGAGAUUGGCAACUGCACUCAGCUAGAAAUGCUUGAUUUGCAUGAAAAUAAGCUCCAAGGCAUGAUCCCAACCUCCAUUGAAUCUCUUGUAGAACUGAAUGUUCUAGACCUCUCCAUGAACAAAAUAUCAGGCAUCAUUCCUCAGAAUUUGGGCAAGCUCAAAUUUUUAAACAAACUUGUAUUAAAUGGGAACUACAUUACUGGUUUGAUUCCUAAAUCACUGGGAGUAUGCAAGGAUUUGCAGUUGUUGGAUAUGAGCAACAACAGAAUCAGUGGUUUAAUCCCCGAUGAGAUUGGUCACCUGCAAGGAUUAGAUAUCUUAUUGAAUUUGAGUUGGAAUUUUUUGAGUGGACCCAUCCCAGAAGGCUUUUCAAACUUUUCACAGCUUGCAAACUUGGAUCUCUCUCACAAUAUGUUAACAGGAAGCCUAAGAGUACUGGGUAAUCUGGACAAUCUUGCUUUUCUGAAUGUCUCGUAUAAUAAUUUCUCCGGUUUUCUUCCCAAUACCAAGUUCUUCCAGGACCUCCUGGACACUGUUUUCCUUGGUAAUCCAGAGCUCUGCACUAACAGAAACAAGUCCAAGCUUAGCACAAACCUACACAGUAGCAGAUAUACUAAAAGCCUCAUUAUAUUGUCAGUACUCAGCAUAACUGCUACUACAACAAUUGUGACUAUUGGAGUAAUUUCUCUCAUCAGAGCGCAAGGAAAUAAAGUUGGGCGGAAUGAUGAAGAAGAUGAACUGGAGUGGGAAAUCACCCCAUUCCAAAAGUUGAACUUCUCGGUGGAUGAUAUUGUGACAAAGCUUUUGGAUUCUAACAUUGUUGGAAAGGGUUGUUCAGGAGUGGUCUAUCGUGUUGAAACCCCAACGCGACAGGUCGUUGCGGUGAAGAAGCUGUGGCCAACAAAGAGUGAUGAGUUUCCAGAGAGAGACUUGUUUUCUGCAGAAGUUACAACACUUGGAUCAAUAAGGCAUAAAAAUAUAGUGAGGCUUCUGGGCUGUUGCAAAAAAGGAAAAAGUAGAUUGCUCUUGUUUGAUUACAUCAGUAAUGGAAGUUUAGCUGGAUUGCUCCAUGAGAAGAAGAUAUUCUUGGACUGGGAUGCGAGGUAUAAGAUCAUACUGGGAGCUGCUCAUGGUUUGGCUUAUCUUCACAAUGAUUGCUUUCCUCCCAUAGUUCAUCGCGAUGUGAAGUCCAACAACAUCUUGGUGGGAUCACAGUUUGAAGCUUUCAUUGCAGAUUUUGGGCUUGCAAAGCUUGUUAAAUCUUCAGAUUAUUCAAGUGUUUCCAACACAGUAGCGGGUUCUCAUGGGUACAUAGCUCCUGAAUAUGGAUAUAGCUUAAGGAUCACAGAGAAGAGUGACGUAUAUAGCUAUGGCAUUGUGCUCCUAGAGGUCCUAACAGGGAUGGAACCAACUGAUCGGCGGAUUCCUGAGGGGGGCCACAUUGUUAGUUGGGUUAACCAGGAACUACGAGAAAAGCAUAGAGAAUUCACAUCAAUUCUUGAUCAGCAACUACUUCAGAGAUCUGGCACACAAAUUCAAGAGAUGCUUCAAGUGCUUGGGGUGGCUCUACUUUGUGUGAACCUUUGCCCAGAGGAGCGACCCACAAUGAAAGAUAUCAUAGCAAUGCUCAAAGAGAUCAAGCACGAAAAUGAAGAUUUCGAAAAACCCAAUUCUAUCAAAAAGGAAUUAGUAACCAACCUGAAAGCAGCAGCUCACUGUUCUAGUUUCUCUAGAUCGUCUGAACCCCUAAUUAGAUCACCUUCCCAUUUGUCAUAGUUAUUUCAAAGUCUUAUGUUUGAAUUAAUUGAUUUUUACAUGUAACAAAUAUAUUGUAUAGAUUAAUAUUAAAAAUUUGUAAGAAGGUUUAAUAUUGAUUGUAUAUUGAUAUUCUACUUUCCUUCAUUCCAUUUGGGAAAUAAAUUGUUACUCUUAUGACU